AUGGCCGCCCUUGUACAAGGCUACCCCCAGCAGUCGGGAACGGUCACGGUGCUUCAGGCCCGGCCAUCGUCGGCUUCGGGAAUGCUGCAGUCCCUUCCGGUCCAAUCGGCAACAUCAUACGUACCUGGAGGCUCUCACAGGAAUAGUGUCCACGGUUUACCUUCCACAGUCACCGCGCCUGUGGUGUACCAUGGCGGCUCAGGUGCCGGCCAACAAUAUGCCCUUAGGAGCAUGCCUAGCCUUAAUCCGGCGGCGCCUUGGCAGCAAUCCAGGGCGCAACGAACAUCCUCUUCCCCCGCCGUUCCCACCAUCCAGACCCUCGAUUAUUUACAGCCCGCUGUUGCCCGUUCUCGGUACUCGGCGAGUGUCUCUAUGACCAACCUCCCCAGCACCGCGAAUCAGGGGCUGCAAACGAUUGUUGGGGCUCGUGACGAUUCUGGGCUACCGGUGCCCGGCACCAGGAGAACCGCAACGGCGCCCCGGUCGUCCCAAACGAACAAUGGGGUAUCAACCCAACCAUCGCUUGCGCCAGCGGCUCCCAUUCGGGCGGCCCCCGAGCGAUACAGACGGUCGGCUUUGCGUUCGGAUUCGGCAGGCGCGGCAACUGGUGCUCAAUUGCGGCCGUCGCACUCAGCCAUGCUGAAUAGGCCGAAUAGUUUCGUUGGUUCAGUAUCCGCGGUUGAUGAUACGGGCUUUUCUCAAAGCCAGCCCCAUGGCGAAACCAAGAGGGUCCGCAGACGCAGCAUGCCCGCGCUGGAUUCUCCCGGUUUCCCCAUCCGCCUAACCCCGCACGACCUGAAGCAGCCGGCAGAAUCGAAUCGCCCUAAGACUGCUGAUUUGGAUGGCAAGGCUGGCAAAACUGGGAGUUCCCAAAUCACCGACAAAACAAGCAAUGAUGAGCAACCUGGGAGUAGCCGAAGCGCUGGGGCAAAUGUGAACCCCUCUUCUUCCGCCAACCGCAACGGCUCUGACCCCACUGGCAACCCCACAAUGUCUACUUCCCUAGACCAGGUUGGUGCCAACCAAGAUUCUUCACCCACCGUCAAUGUCCCGCCGCGGAGUUCGUCGACCGAUGCCUCGAACACCAAACGUGCCGCCAACAACUCAUCGCCGCUUUCAAAACCCGUGACCAUGGACACGGCGGGCGAGAGCGGCCAACCUGCGGAGGCUACCGACUCGGCAGCCCAGGAAGUGGUGUCUUCGCCUCGUUUCGAGAGCGCCGCCGUCAGGCAAUUGACAGCGAUCAACGAGAAGCGGGGCCGGCCUAAGAGCAAAACGUCACGACUUCGGCGGGCAUUUUCAUUUGGUAGCGCGGCCGAGUUUAGGAAGGCCGCGGAUGAGAGUGAGGAAAAUGGCGCCGGUAAACUUCACAAAGACCGAAACCAAGACGACGCGUACGAUGAGGAGCAAGCACGGAUUGCCGAGCGACAAGAGGCGGCCGGAAUCGGGAGCAAUAUCUAUGCAGGUGGAAGAUUUUUCCACGGAUCAACAGACAACCUAUCCAUCUCAUCCACGGCAUCCUCGGCUUCGAUUAUGAUUCGCAAGAUGGGGCGUGGCAUGAAGAAGAGCACCCGGUCGCUCGUCGGGCUUUUUCGACCUAAGUCAGUCGUUGGGGUGCCGGCGGCAGAUGCGGUGCCGGAAACCAGCCACGCCGCCGUGUCCAUGAUCACGGCCGAAGCCGAACGGGAGCUGGUGAACGUAAACGCCGAUCCCAAGGCACAAGGGGGCGGCACUGGGUUUCCCCGUCUGGAGCGGAACUCGAUCGACGCGGCAAAGGUGCCGACGGUUGAGCCGGAACGGGUGGGGAGCUCAGGCACUGAUAGCACAGGAGCACGGAAAAGUAUUGUCGGGGGCGAGAAGGAGCGGGCCGAAGUCCUGGCUGCCGUUCGCAAGGGAAUAUUGAAGCACCGCACCGGCUCUUCAAGCCCAUCUCCCCGGCCGUCAGAGACUAAGGGCUCUGCUUUUGAUUUGCCCAGUGUCCCAUCAGUGACGGAUUCUCCCAACUCGAGCGCACCUAGCACCCCUAACGAGGACUCGCACGGUCACAGACGGACUGGAACCGUAACGAUCGGAAACGAGGACUACUUUGUCUCGGCUCUCCGGCUUCGCCAGGACACCAAGAGCGCUCCCGGUACUCCCCAGAGCGCGAAGCGCAACGCGACCUUUAGCCCACGGAUUGUUUUCUUUGAGACAUGGCCGAGCCAGGAGUAUGACCGUCGCGGCGAAAUUGCUACGUGCAAUCGCCUGACGCCGAUGCUGGCGCAGCAGAUCAAAGAGGAGCUGAACACUUUCAAGAUGGGAGAACGGCGACAUGUGCCGUGUAUUUGA